AUGUCCGUCCCCUCGCUGCCAGGAUGGCUCGUCUACCUGCGCAUCGCCAUACUACUCGUCACGGCCGGCGCUGUGGGUACGACAGCCUAUAACGCGAGCCUGCACCAUGAGGACUGGUCGUUCCUCGUCAACGACGCCGCCAACAUCGUCUACUUCUCCGGCGCCCUGACCUUGGCCAUCGUCACGACCAUGCUGGUCAUGGAACACACGUCCAAGGGUGGCAGAUUCUACUACCGACUCGGAUUUGUCGUCUUGCUGGGCAUCAACUCAGUCUUCUGGCUCGAUUGCUGGGUGUGGGAGGCCAGACUGGCGGACCAGGUGAAGAAGGUCGAGUGGCUGAAGGACUGGGGCGACAGGUCAUCUUCGCGGGAGGGCGAUGGUUUCUUUUGGAAGCGCUUCUAUGUUGCUUUGAUUGCGAGCACGGUCAUGGCCGCUGUCGAUUGGCUCCUGAUCAUCACACUGCUCGCCGUCUUUGUCCGUGCGUGCUUGAGCGAUGCCCUCCACGGUGAGGAAGAGGACAUUGAGAUGCAUCUGCGCAAGGCUGCGGAUCAAGAUACAAAUGCAUCAUCGCCUGUACGUCAACUUGAAGAAACAGGAAGUCACCCAGAACAGACAUGA